CUCUGAAGACAGCGGGGAGAGCUAACGCAUGUGCAUAAGGCAGGCGUGUAUGAAUUAAGACCCCUCUUGUGAUAAUAAAAGAAAUGGAAAACUCAACCUCUUCAAAUGCACAGUUCCUGGACUCAGAGUUCCGGUACACUCUGUUCCCCGUGUUCUACGGUAUAGUGUUUGUCCUGGGGCUGGGUGCGAACAGCUACGCGCUGUACGUCCUGCGAUACUUGCGAGACGCGCGCGCCAUGAACGAGGUCCGCAUCUACAUGACCAACCUGACGGUGGCCGACCUGCUCUUUGUCGCCGCCCUGCCUUUUUGGAUCAGCUACUAUGCCCGUGGUGGCGACUGGAUCUUCGGUGACCCCCUAUGCAGGAUCACCGGCUCACUCUUCUUCAUCAACACUUACUGCUCCGUCCUCUUCCUCUGCGUGAUCAGCAUCAACCGUUUUUGGGCAGUGACGCGCCCGCUGCAAGCCGCCAAGUCGGACCACUGGAGGAGGGGCGUGUGUGUGUCUGUGGCAGUGUGGGCAGGCACGUUGUUAGCCACCAUCCCCUACCUGGCCGCACCUGGUGUGCAAAUGGACGGCAACAAGAGCCGCUGCCUGGAGGGCUACCAGAACGAGAAUACCAACAAACGUGCGGGAGUGGCCGCUACGCACUUUGUCAUUAUCGGGCUGUUCUUCGUAGUCUUUCUGGUGGUCAUGGUUUGUAAUGUGCUGAUCGCUCGAGUUCUGCUCACUCAGCCUCUCAUCAAGGAGCGCUCCAUAGUGCAGAACACGUCUGGCGGCAACAGCUCCAAGGUCCGGCCAAGUGGCACCAAACGCCGAGCGUUGCGCAUGCUGUGUGCCGUCGUCACAAUCUUCGCCGUGUGCUUCCUGCCGCACCACGUAGUACAGGGUCCCUGGACCCUGGUGGUGCUGGGUAUGGCAGACAAUUGGUCACAGAGCACCAAGCAGCGCCUGAAUGACGCCCACCAGGUCACCAUCAUGCUCAUGGGUCUCAACUGCAUGCUGGACCCCGUGGUGUACUGCUUCGCUACCAGCAAGUUCCGCCAGUACGUUAAGGGCCACUUCAACAUGUUCAAGAAGGGCAGAGCAUGCAAUACCCAGACCACCACAAUGACCCACAUCUCUAUGGCAAACAAAAAUUAAAACCUUCCCUCUAAUGAAGCAAACUAAUGGUACUGAUUCAUACCAGCAAAGCGAAACACUGGCUUCGCUUUGAGUGGGCGUGGUGUGUGGAAAUAGCGUAACAGACUGGACUAGUGAGCUAGUUAGCAAGCUAGCCAGCUAGUAGGCUAUCCAGUCACUUGUCUUUAUAUCAGAACUAUAAUUUUGUUAAAGUAAGCACAGGAUUAAAUAUCUAACAUACCAGGAACAUUUGGCAAAUUAAUUACCACCAGAGACAACAAGUGGUAGCGAAAUUUGCACUUAAACUUUUCCUAACUUCACUUGCUUCGCCCAAUUCGUCUACGUCACAAUCACCUGCCUCCAACAGAAAUGAAUGGAAUACAGAACUUUAUACUCCCUUCGCUGGCAUGUAUCAGUACCGUAAGGCAACUUAGCUGGAAGUCCAGACACUUUAGGAAAUAGGGGGAGUAUUGGCAGACCCCCCCUCCCCCCCCAAUCCCAAAACAAAUAAAUCAAUGAUGGAUAAAGCACAUCUUACAGUAUAUUUAUUGAUUAAUGCAAGUCACACUCGCUUAGACACAUAGACGUACUGUAACAAACGAUGUACCCUUUCUGAAAAUGAAUAACAGAGUGAGGAGCUGUAUCAUACUUCCUUCCCUGUGGUCAGCUUUUAACAGUGUGUCAUCAUAUUGCAAUAUUUAUAGAUACAGAAAAGAAGAAAGAAAAGAAAAGAGAAUUGAAAGGGCUUUUUGUUGUUACACUUUUUACAGUUACAAGCAAAUCACACGUUGAUGUUUUCAGUUAAAGUAAAGCUAAAGCUGCCAAAAGUGUAUGUGUGUUGAAUAUUGUAUGUGAAGCUGGUCAAGCUAAGAUAGCCGGGUUGCACUUUAUUUCAAGUAUUCAUCGGUGCUUAAUGCAGUGACAGUCUGUUUGAAUGAUUUUGUACAGUGGACUUCUUAUAUUAAUCUGUUUUUCAAGACAUGCCUAUUGUUAUGGUUAGAGUUAAAGGUUUAACAUGUAUGAAAAACGUACUUGAGUAAUACAGUGCUUUGAAGCACAACGUACAGUACUGUGCACAUGUUUUAAGACAUUUUAAACAGUGCUGUAAAGUGAGGAUGCUUUCAAAAUGACAUGAAUAGUUUUUACUUAUGAAUUAACAUAUAAAGUGUAGCAAAGCAAAAAUACCUUUAUCAAUUUCAGUAAAAAUAACUGCGUAAGACAAAUGCCUAAAACCUUUUCGCAGUACUGUAUAUAUGAAGUCAAUGAAGGUAUGAAGCCUGAGCUGACUUAAAGGAAAGGUUGACCGACAGUUGUAAGAUCAAUAGUUUGCAAGAUUUUUUAUUUUCUUAAUUAAAAUGAAUUACAAGCCUUAAUCUUACUUAAUGUAUUAUUACAUAUCACUGUAAUUGAUAUGGGAAUGUUAGAUAAUAUGGAAUAAUGUGGAAACUAAACGCAUGUACUUCACAUAUUUAUUAUGUUUCAAAGCCUUUUUUGCGCUGAUUCACAAAUAUUAUGUUUGUAUGUAAAAAAUAGUUUUUUUUGGAAGAGAAUGUUUCUUGUAAAGAGGGCUGAAUGUUAAUAGCUAAAGCUCCCUAUAUGUAUGCGUGGAAAUAAAGCUUUAUAUGUUUACAUAGAAUUAUAGAUAUGAAUGUGCUCUACGGCAUGUCCGCUUAGAAUGUACCCCAGGUGUUGAAAAAUCUAUGAAAAAUGAUGUUGAUGACACA